AUGGACAGCAAGAGCAGCCUCAUCAUGCUGCCGCCCUGCAGCCAUGACUGGGAGAUGAUGGAGACCAUGAGGAGGCAGCAGGAGCUCGUGAUGCAGCUCCGAGCGCUCGUCCUCCCGCUGCUCCACGGUGUCAUCGAUGGUACCUCGGCCGCCGAGAUCGCUGUCCAGCUCUUUGACGACGUGAUCGACUGCAACAUAGGCGUGGUGUCUACGCUUGAAGGGUGCCUCUUGAGUACCAGAGCCGGAGGCGGAUCAUCGGUAGAGCCCGUAGACGACAAGUCGUUGGUGAGGAAGAAUAGCUGCUGUGUUACUAAUAAUGGUGAGAAGACGGAGGAGCAAGCGUGGCAUAGAAGCGUGGUUGGUCAAAAGAGAAGGAGGAAGAACGACAAGCCAUCAAGAUCCCUUGUGACACAUGUUCCACAUUACGAUGGCCAUCAGUGGAGAAAAUAUGGGCAGAAGAACAUCAAUGGGAGGCAGCAUCCUAGGAGCUACUAUAGAUGCACCUAUAGAGAACAGAACUGCUUUGCAACGAAGACAACUGAGCAACAAGAACAAAUUGAUGGUACCUGUAGUGCCACAGCUGGCGAGGAAAUUGCAAAGUACACAGUCGUGUACUACGGUGACCACACUUGCAAGGACCAUAGCGUCAGCAUAGUCCAGUUUCCUCAACUAGUCAGCAGUAUGGAUCUUCAGAACAUGGAAAUGGCUCAAACAAGUUUAAGUGUUCAAGGUCCUGAGGCAGACUUGGACUUGCCAGCUUUACUAGAGGUGUUUGAUAAUUCUCUCAUUGAUUGGGAGGAUAGUUGGAAGAUAUGA